GGUGCGCGGCAAGGCGAGUCGCAGGGCGCGGCCGCUCUGUUAGAAAGUCUCUACUGCCGCGGCGGACUCGGUCUGCGUUGCGGUUUUCUAAGCUGCUCCUGGGACAGUCAUGACUAGAUGGGCUCGUAAGAAUGCUACUCACAGUGAAAAAGCACUGGAUGCUACACCUUGGGAAGAAAUGGUAAAUGGAUCGUCCAGGGAUAUAGCAAAGGGUAAAGAGAAAAAUAACUCAAAUCCUCUCUCUUUAAAGAAAGAGCAAGAGAAAAGGAAAAAGAAGAAUAAAAAGAAAGAAGACUAUCUGAACGAAGAUGUUAAUGGAUUUAUGGAAUACUUAAAACAGGCUUCACAGGCAGUGCAUAAGGGAGAGGUGAUAGAAGCAGACAGCACUGAGGUGAGGGAGGAAGUAGCAUUAGCCUUGAAGAAGGACAAGCGUCGGGAGGGAAGAAGACUGAAGAGGCAAGAAGCAAAGAAAAAUGCUAUGGUGUGUUUUCACUGUAGAGAACCUGGCCAUGGGAUUGCUGAUUGCCCAGCUGUACUUGAAAGUCAAGAUAUGGGUACAGGAAUCUGUUACCGAUGUGGAUCCACAGAACAUGAAAUCACCAAAUGCAAGGCAAAAAUAGAUCCAGCUGUUGGGGCAUUUCCAUACGCAAAAUGUUUUAUCUGUGGUGAGAUGGGGCAUCUUUCAAGGUCGUGUCCAGAUAAUCCCAAAGGAUUAUACGCUGAAGGUGGCUGCUGCAGACUUUGUGGCUCUGUGGAGCACUUCAGGAAAGACUGUCCAGAAAAUCAGAACUCAGAUCACAUUACUGUUGGGCGCUGGGCCAGUGGAAUGAGUGCAGAUUAUGAAGAAAUUACAGAAACACCAAAGCUGCAAAAAAAAGUGAAAGUACCUAAAAUUGUUAAUUUUUGAAGGCCUCUCAUGCAUACCAAACUGCAGUAACUCUGCACUGCUUCAUUUUGGAGUAGUGAAUGCACAGGACAGAUUGCUGGAUCUAGUAAAUCCACCAGACUGCUGCUGCAAAA